AUGUAUGGGGGCUUGGGCCUCAAGCUAGCGCAGGAUGCCAAACGAACCCAGGCCUUGCCAAAUCUGCCCUCCUACCAAACCGAGCUCGUGCGUGGAAUGACCAAAGAAGUGCGAGACCUGGACAAAGAUGUAUCAGCUACGCUGGCUCCAUAUGCUGGCACCUUCAAUCCUUCCCAAGACCCGCCGGUAGCUGCUUCGAUCUUGGUCAAUCAUCUUUGCAUGCGAAGAAACAAACGAUGCAUGCUAGCCUAUCAUCGUGUGAGAACGGACAAGCUAGAAGAGAUGUGCUGGGCUGGGCGAGAUAUCUUGGAGGAAACUACCAGACCAGGAAGUGAUGCCAGACAGGCCCUCGGGAGCACAGGCACAGACGCGAAUUCAAACUCCUUAAGCCCCGAAGAAGAAGAGUAUGUGAGACAAUUCAGUGACAUGCUUGCCGCAUAUAAGGGUGAAUGGACCGAUAUCGAUCUUACAGGAAGCUUGGAGCCUCCGAGGGAUUUGUUUAUCGACGUUCGAGUGUUGAAGGAUGCAGGGGAAAUACAGACAGAAUAUGGAGCAAUAACUUUGACAAAGAAUAGCCAAUUCUAUGUCAAGCAAGGUGACGUGGAACGUCUUAUUGCUCAAGGCUACCUUCAAAAGCUAAGCUGA